GUUGACCUUCUCAUUCAUAGUAUUCAUUUCCUCCAUUAACAACUCGUCUCCAACUCAUAAUCCUUGAGCUUGACCUGAUAUAUCUACCAAUCUCGCAUCAUGAGCCGGAACCUGACAAGAAAUUUUCAGACUGCAUCCCGAACCUUGAUACAAUACAUGGGGACUCCGAUGGACGAGAUUUUGACAUCCAACGAGGAUGGCGCCGAGUGGAAGUCGUCCGCGACCAACACCUGCACAUUGAUUGAGCAGGCUGAACCACGGAUCACAGUGGCAGAACUCCAGGGAUCGGUUGCACACCAGUCUUCCAAAGACAAGAAUGAUCAACAAAAAGUUCUCACUUUGGGACUGAAGACCAACAAUGGUACCCAGGUCGGUUCCGUCCAUGUGCACAUGGACGGCACUUUCAAGUUGUUCCCAAAUCGUGCGGGUAGAGAGGGUGGUUAUGCCGCCAAUAUCAUCAAGGCAAAUAUUCCAGGAUAUAUUCCUGACCAGCGGGAGGAAGGAAAGAGUUAGAUUUGGACGUGUUAUUUGAGUAACCUCUGGGUUUCCUGCCGAUCAAGGUAUCUGUACCGUUACUAUAGCAGAAAUUGAUUACGGC